CUCUGAUUGAUACGAUUGCUGGACUGGGAGAACAGAAAAGGAAGCGACCAAGACCGGCAAUGCUACCUUGGCCGCCGUAACGGACACAUCUGCACUGACAUCUGGAAUAAACCUGUAGGUACAGUACGGGCUUGUUGUCACGAGAUAUAACAAAAUUUUGCUUCUUGAAUGAGGAAGAAAAACAAUAUAAACAUCUACCACUCUCUUGGUGGGGGAGAGGAGCUGCAAGGGACAGGCAGCAACCUGCCCCACAAUGGAGGGGCGCCACAUGAGAGCGGCAGGUUUGGAUGCGAAGAAAAAAUGGUUCACCACGCCUGAAUCCAUGUCAAGCAGAUCGGUCGGGGCUGACAGACACCCAUCAAUUGAUCCAAUAUUUCAAGUUGCAAAUCCUGGGCAUCCCCGAGGUACCUGCACCAGAGGCCACCGCACUAGAACAUCGGACUUGUGUCUCGGGAGAUCCCACCUCGUGGUGUCGGGUAGAGCGCUCACUCGAGAGACGCCAGCACAGGAGGCACAGCAACCAUCUCCACGGCAAGAACCAAGCGGCCGCGAGCGUGGAGGCACUCUCGGGUGACGACGGGAAAACGCUGGGUGCGCCAUGAUGGCCUCGGCCUCAGCCUCGGCCACCCACGGGGCGCUCACGUUUGAGCUCGUGGCUCGGUGUUCUACCACCCGCGCCCGCGCGUCCAUCCUGACCCUUCCCCAUGGCCCGGUCAAACUGCCCGUCUUUAUGCCGGUGGCGACGCAGGCCUCGCUCAAGGGCCUGACACCCCAGCAGCUAGAGGACACGGGCUGCCGGCUCUGCCUUAACAACACAUACCAUCUCGGCCUUAAGCCGGGUCAGUCGGUUCUCGAUGCCGUCGGCGGCGCCCACCGCUUCCAGGGCUGGCGGCACAACCUGCUGACCGACAGCGGCGGCUUCCAGAUGGUGUCGCUGCUCAAGCUGGCCACCAUCACCGAGGAGGGCGUGCGCUUCCUGUCGCCCCACGACGGUUCGCCCAUGCUGCUGACCCCGGAGCACUCCAUGUCGCUGCAGAACAGCAUCGGGUCCGACAUCAUGAUGCAGCUCGACGACGUCCUCGUCACCACCUCGCCCGACGCCGCCCGCAUGCGCGAGGCCAUGGAGCGUAGUAUCCGCUGGCUCAAACGCUGCAUCGCCGCCCAUCGCAAGCCCGAGUCCCAGAACCUCUUUUGUAUUAUUCAGGGCGGGCUUGACCUCGACAUGCGCCGCGAGUGCACCGAGGCCAUGGUGGACCUCGACACCCCCGGAAUCGCCAUCGGCGGCCUGAGCGGCGGCGAGGCCAAGGACGACUACUGCCGCGUCGUCGAGACCUGCACCGCUCUGCUCCCUGACCUCAAGCCCCGCUACGUCAUGGGCAUUGGCUACCCGGAGGACCUGGUCGUCAGCGUGGCCCUGGGCGCCGACAUGUUCGACUGUGUUUGGCCUACCCGCACGGCGCGUUUCGGGAACGCCAUCACAAGUCAUGGUAUGCUCAACCUGCGCAACUCAAAGUACGCUGCCGACUUUGGACCCAUAGAGGAGGGCUGCGGCUGUGUUUGCUGCAAGCCCACUGCCGAGGGCGGCACCGGCGUCACGCGCGCACUUGUGCACCACAACGCGGCCAAGGAGACGGUCUCGGCACAUCUUUUGACAUUGCACAACGUCUGGUACCAGCUCAAUCUCAUGAGGGAGAUUCGAGACUCCAUAAUUCAGGACAGGUUUCCGGCAGUUGUGAAGACAUUCUUUGCAGACCUCUACCCGAACCAGACAGACUACCCUGAUUGGGCUGUGGAUGCACUGAAGAGGGUGGGAGUAGACCUUAAGGAGGAGUAGCCCUCGUAAGGAUUGUAAUUGAGUAUAUAAACUCGAUAUGCUCCCCCAUAUCAGCCCGCUGGAAGGAUGUGCCCCCGUCCAUCAUGCUAGUCGGCUCCAAGGCUCCUUCAUGAGGUAGUAGCCUCUGCGCAUUCCCAGGUCGGCCCAAGCCAUACUCGCAUACAUCUAGCGCGAAAUUACUCGUUUGCUAAGUUGAGCUCAGACGAGAAUGAAAAGGGAGACAAGAAACGUCCACGAGCUUGCAAUCCAGCCUACCGGACCCGACGCGGCAAUCGGCCGACCGGCCUGGGCCGACGAGGUUGACGUGGACCCUGCGCCCAA